CUUCGCCCUCAGUUUUGCGAUGUGAUUCGUCGUCUUCGUCUUUGUCGUCGUCAUCGUCCUCUUCGUCGCCGACGCCAUGGAGGAGUGCGCGAGCGCGGGUCCGGCGACGCUUCCCGAGAGCGGGGUCACGGCGGACGCCGCCUCCGCCGCCGCGGGGCGCAGCGAAGGGCGGAGGAGCCUCGCCUCCGAGGAGAGCCCGAUGAGGAGUUCUCAGGAUAUGGAUUUGAUGUCGACUGAGUGGACAGAUGAGAAGCACAACCUAUAUCUCAAUUCCAUUGAAGCAUCAUUUAUUAGUCAAUUAUACAGUAGUGAAUACAGCUUAGAUGAUUUUCACGGAUUAUCACCAAUCACUAAGAAGGAUAAUGCAUCUGCAUCAAACAUUAACCACCGGAGCACUGGUCAGUUCAAAGUUCAGCGUGAUGGUUCUUGGGGGAAAAUAAACUUUGAGAGGGCGACAAAUCACGUAGAAAACAAAGCUCGGCUACUUACUGCAAACCCCUGGAUCCAGCAUUUCAGAUCACCUUUAAUUCGCAGGGAACGAGAGACGAAAUCAUCAGAGCAAAACGGUAGCAUGGAUAUGGCCAUAAUGGAAUCAGGCCAUGGGAAAUACAGAGAAGAAUUUGCUAGCUCUGAGCAUCCUAUGGAUACCUGUUCUCAGAUUUAUUACCAAGCAUCUGAUGGAAGCACUGCAGAGGUGAUGGAUCAGAAUUUUGUGGAUAUGAACUCUAAAGAAAAGCUAAUUGGAUCGAAAAAGAGGAGAAGAAUGAGAACUAAACUUAGCUCUGAAACCAAAGGAAACUGCACCUGAGAAGCCAAUCCCCGCAGAAAAUACUGAUAAUAGUUUCACUGCCCUGGAGGGAAAAAAGUUGCAGAAUUUGCUAGAAACUACUUCUCUGAAGUUUAGCCUGAAGCUGAUUCUACAUUGAUUUAGAAUUCAACGAUAUGUUUAUCGACAAGUAACAAUUCAUGUUAUACAAUAUCACAUAGAUUUUGUACAUUGUACAUUUGUCGCUUUCUUUCAGACUCGUUGCUUCAUGGAUUGAGAGAGGUGCUGUGAGUGCGCAGAACUCAGAUUUCAUACAGGUCGGAGGCAAAGUCGUGAGCUCGCGAAAUGGGGGAGCCCAGUUUUAUUUCAUAGAUCCAUUGUGCCAAAUAGGCUUUAAAGGCAUAAUAAUGCACUAAAACAAGAACUUCAUUUAUGAACCUUUCCCCUAAAUCUACGAUCUUAGAUAUCAAUCAUCAAAAUGUAUCAUGCAUGGUCAGUAUUAUGGACGCUUUCAAAGUUAAAAGUUGUA